AUGAGCGGAAAGAUCGUCUUCUUCGAGGGGAGAAACUUCCAGGGCCGCUCGUAUGAGUGCAUCAGCGACUGCUCUGAAAUCACCUCCCACCUGAGCCGAUGCAGCUCCUGCAAGGUGGAGAGCGGGACGUUCAUGGUCUACGACCAGCCCAACUACACGGGCCAGCAGUACCUCCUGACCAGGGGAGAGUACCCCGAGUAUCAGAAUACCAUCGGCUUCAACGACUGCAUUCAGUCCUGCCGCAUCGUCCCUGUGCACAAGGGGCCCUUUAAAAUGAGGAUCUACGAGAGAGCGAACUUUGAGGGGCAGAUGCAUGAACUGACUGAUGACUGCGACUCCAUCCAGGAUCACUAUCACAUGUCUGACAUGCAGUCCUGCAACGUGAUGGAAGGCUACUGGUUGAUGUUCGAGCAGCCAAACUACGAAGGCAAGAUGUUUUAUCUGAAACCAGGAAAGUACAGGAACCUCAAAGAGAUUAGCAGCGAUGACACGAGGUUCAACUCAGUCAGACGCAUCACUGAAUCUUAA